AUGGUGUCCAUGAAUCCGAGGGAAAAUAUUGUGAACCAACACUUAACCAAAGUGAUUAAACUUUUGAUAAAGUACCCUAAAAUAUUGGUAUUAGUGCCUAUAUUUUUGGUCUUUACAUUUGGUUACAGUGUUGUAUACCACUUUACUAUCCUUCAGGUGAAUACGUGGCUACGAAAUGAAUAUUUUUCACAUUCCCUGGUCAAAAACUCCCCUACCAACAUUAUGGGUUAUAAUCAUACUGUGGAAUUCAAUUACAAUUACAAGCACAUAGAAGGACUUAUAGCCUCAGAUUUGUCAGGGUCGUAUCUCACAAAGGUGACUUUCCAUAACGAUAAUGCCCUCACUUACGAUUUUCUUCAUGAGGUGAACAACAAAAUAAUCAAUCUCAUUGAAUCGAGCUCUGGUUCCGUUACCAUUUUAUCUCCAAUAUUGGAUUGGAAGCUUGAUAUUUCAUCUAGAUUUUCCAAUGAUUACCUUGUUACAAAAGUCAACUACAAUUCCAACUAUCACUUAAAUUUAGUUUAUCUCGAUGGGAUCGAGUUUGUUAACUAUAUGAUAAUAGGAGCGGACACCUUAAACGUGUAUUUGAUUCACGAUUCCAGGUUGAUAAUUGAUCUGCAGUGGGUACAGUAUUCAAUAGACAAUCCAGUCAGGAUUAAAGAUUUUUUGAAGUAUUAUCUCCUUAUAAAUGGAUAUGGAUAUGGAGUUUAUUUCACUUUGGGGUUGAGAUUUUGGAUCAUUGUUUUCACCAUAUAUUUCUUGACAUAUUUAUACUUAUCCAUAUCCAAUUUGCACAAAAUUAAAUCCAACUUUGGGAUCUUGUGUGGCUGGUUCAUGGAAGUAAAUGUGAGUGUAACUGCUGCUGUUCAGUUGGUAAAGAUCUUUAAUGGGUGUGAUUUUUGGGAAGAUUUAUUCCAAUCUCCUAGUUUUGUUACAAUUGCGUCCGCCUUAUUUAUUGUGGUUUUUAUUAGUUCUCGAAACUUGAUAAGGCUUAUCAUUGACUUGUCGAGUUGUGACGACUAUUGUAAUAUGGACUCAAGGUAUUUACAAACGAGAUUAUACAAAUUUUUCAUUGGGCUUGAAAAUAACACAGAAGCUAGUUACCAAAAACUUGACAUGUUGAACAGCUUGCUUCGAAACCUCCAUCUUGAAUCAAAAUUCAAUUUGAUUUUGCCAAGAAUUACCAAGAUUUUAUCACUUGACAUACUCACCUUGAAAGCAGUUGAAUAUCUGAGCUUGCUCUUUAUGAGGUACUAUUUUGGUGGUGCAUUCUUGGACUCUUUAAAUUCAAAGAUUGGUGCAUUAUUUGCCGUUAUAUUCUGGUCCUUGAUCAUUGACCACAUUCUUCAACUAACCUAUUUAAUAGGACUAAUUAUAGUUGAUAAUUACAGAACAGAUAUAACGAAAAUUCUUGACAAUGGACAAUCAAACACCGAAUUGAAUUCGUUCAGUUCGCUUCUUCUCAAGGGCAAGCCUCCCAGAAACUCAAUUCUUUACAAACUUGGUACCACUUUAACUUUUGUACGGUAUCCAACCACUCUCAAAUCAUGGUUGAUGGUACUUCCACCUUUGGAGGUUUGGAAUUUAUUUAUGGUAUUGACGUACUGGGCUCUUUAUAUUCCUUACAGUUUGUUCCAUGAUUCUAACAUUUUAAGUCAGAAGAGUACAAGACGUUUGAGUUUUGACAUAUUCUACUUUUUGGAAUACUGUGCAUUCACAGUGUUAUUGAUGUCCGUUUCUGUUAUAGUAUUCAGAUUGUCUACUUUUAAAAUUGUGGGAACAGAUUCGAAGAUUGAAUUGAAUGAUAACAAGUCCUUCAAGUCUAUCGAUCUUCCCGAAACCCAUUACUUGGAUGUCAUUAAACUCAAGUCAAAUAAUUCAUCUUUCUUGAUAUCCAUUGGCUUAGAUCAUAAAGUGUUUGUUUGGUCUCCUUUAAGCUUAUCCAAGCCGAUUGAUAUCUGCUCCACUAUAGGUUUGGAUGAUAAGGAGCUUGAAUUCUGGCCAAUAAACUAUGCCAAUAUAAGUACCGGAGGGGAAUUCAUCAUUUUAAUGAACUUCAAGUAUAAGCUUAUCAGGUGUUACUCCAGAUCUCUAUUAAAGUUCCAUUGGACAUCGUCUCUCGAGAUCGAUUUCACAAAAGACAAAAUUCUCGAAUCAUUCUUUAGGGAAAGAACUGCCCCGGCGUUUCUUCAACUCAAAAAGAUGAAAAAGCCCAGGAGAGAUAGUAUAAUAUCUAUGAAUGGUAACUAUCCCAGAUUGGAAAAAUCUUCUGUUCAAUAUGAUUUUGUGAUGGUUCUUGAAUCAGGGAGUAUUUUAACGGCCUCCUGUGAAAGUGGAACUAUUAAGGUAACCUCAGAUAUAUUGGAUUCGUUGUAUGACACAGAAGACAUUCCAGUCAAAUUGAAAUUGGCUAAAAAGAUCAUAACACCUAGAGUAAAUGACAGAAUUGUACAUCAACUAACAAAUGGAGAUUUAGUUGUCUCAGUGGCCGUUAACAACAAGUGGAAAUUUUUGAAACUUGACACAUCAGACAACAAAUACAACAAACAGGUGGUUUCAAUGGACACACCUAUGUCCAGGAACUCUUCUUCUAUUGGACCUAUGGCUUACAAUAAUUACAACUUUGAGAGUAUAAACGUUAAUAACAAAGCUUCAGCACCUGAAGCUCUAAAAGAUUCCUUCAACUCAUUGGUGGAGAUUAAUAAGACCAUUAUUGUAACUUUGGACUUUGUUGGUAUGAUAAUCAGAGUAAACAACUUAGUUGCAGAACUCAUUGAUGUUCAGACAGGUAUCAUUCUUCAUAAGAUUAACGUUGCCCACUUUAAACCUCUGAGCUUCAAAGUAUCACACCUGGAACCGACACAUUGCAGAUUUUGUGGGUGCGCAUCUAUACUGUCAUUAACAGUUGUUUAUGAAGAUUUCAGUUCCGAUACUUUGAUAAUUCAUACGUUUAAAGUCGCCAAUAGAUCAAAAACAAACAUAUGUUUAAGAGUGGAAAGAGACCCCAGGGAAAUUAGAUGUGCUGGGUUCGAUGAUGUCUACGAAGAACAAUAUUGGUACGAAGAGAUUGGUGCUUGGCAGUUAACAGACAUAAACAUGGUCAUUGGUGUCAAAAAUAGUAGUGAAAAGAGUGUACUGUAUCAAGAUGGUAACGAUGACAUUUUUGAGAGUGGAUACCUUAAGAAAGUUGAUAUGCGGGGGGGUAGCAAACUCAGAAGCUUGAAGCUGAAAAUCAAGACCCCUAAGGAGAAUGAAGUGCAAACAAAUAAUUGGACUGGGUUCAUCAUCACGUUAGGUGACGGAAAGAUGGUUGAAUAUGAGAUUCCAAGGUUAAGCAAAGGGUUGGUCUGCAACAAUAUUGGUUGCAUUGAAAAAUUUGGUUACAAAUCCGUCGCUGUGAGCUUUGGCAAUUUGAUCAAAAUUCUAUACUUGGGAAACGACAAGCUUGUUGAGGAAAACCUUUACUUUAAUGAUUUGAAUAAGAGCAAGGCUAUCAACAACGAAUUGUUAUUCAUUAACAAAAGACGAAAGAGGUGA